AUUGGGCGUCACCAAAUCCGACUUAACGGAGAUGAGUUGGAUCAACUCCGUAACCUAUUACUUCCCCGUCCACAGCCUACUCAACCGCUCCUUCAAUCUCAAACGGAGCUACAAGAAGAAGACAUCAACGGACCGCAAAUGCAGCUUAUUCCCUAUGGAGGGAUAAUGGAUGAGAUUUCGCCUUCAGAAACGCCUUAUCCACACAGGGCAGGUAACCUAUUUUUCCUCGGAUACACCAAUGAAUGGGACGAAGUCGGCCAAGUGGCGGCUCAGAAGCAUCUCUCAUGGAUUCGGAAGUUUUACGCUUACUUGACUCCCUAUGUUUCCAACAAUCCCAGAGAAUCCUACUCCAAUUACAGGGAUCUUGACCUGGGACAAAACAAUUUGGUCGGGACAACCAGCCUAGAUCAAGCAAGUUAUUGGGGUUAUAAAUAUUUCAAGAAUAACUUCUAUAGGCUUGCCAGAGUGAAGGCUUUGGUAGAUCCAGAUAACUUCUUCAGGAAUGAACAGAGAAUUAUUCCACUUUGA